GAACAAUAGUCAAAAUUUUAGGUUAUGUAUAUUUACUAAAAAAGAUACUAAAAAAUCUAUUAUUUAAUUUAUUUAGUUACGAAAUAGAUAAAACAUUGUCAGAAAAAGCAUAAUGAUACUUUCCAGAAUAACCACAGCUCGAUUAAAUACUUUUUCAAAGGCCUUAUACUCAAGUGGAGCAGAUAAAAUACCCACCAAUAAACUUGAAAACGUUAUUUCAGCUCAUAGACAGGACACAAAUGGAGUAGUUUAUGAUAAAAAACCUUUUAAAAUACCGCUAGAAGCAGGUAAAAGGUACUCGUGGUGCUUAUGUGGAAGAAGUAAAAGCCAGCCAUUAUGUGACGGAACGCAUAAAAAUAUCCAUAUGAAAAUAACCCAAAAGCCAGUGAGGUUUGUAGUAGAAGAAACCAAAGAAUAUUGGUUAUGCAACUGUAAACACACGAACCACCGCCCAUUUUGUGAUGGAACUCAUAAAGCAAAGGAAGUUCAAGAUGCCACUUCAAUAAUUAGACAAUGAUAUAUUUUAAUAAUUUGUAGGUAGUGUAAAACAAUGGCAAUUUUAAUAAACGUUAUUUGUUAUCAA